AAACAAACGUCAAAAUGAAACGUCAAAUUUAACCAAACAUAACCUAAAAAAUGUCCACGAUUUACGUCAAUUUUGCUGAUUUGUGAUGUAAUUAACGAAUUAACGAUGAUGUACGCGAUAUGGUUAUAUCUGACGUUAUUUUUUCGGCCGAUAAUCAAAUGGUUUCUACGGAAAACCACCGGUUUAUGUGAGCUUCAACGUAUUUGUUAUGGUGAAGUAUCCGGGGCUCCGAGAAUAAAAGGAAUCGAAAGAUCCUUAGAAUUGUCGAGAAGUCCCCUUAUUAAACAAUUAAUAAAUCACUUGAACGAUAUAAGUGAAAAUAAACGUUUAACGGGUGCUAAUGAGCGCGAAAUUUUAAACGGUGCGGUGAAUACGGUGAUUUUGGUGAAAAAGAUUAAUCCUCGGAUACAUUUUCAAUUUGUUAGUUCGUUCAGCAAAUGUGUUGAGCAAAUUUGGGGUUAUAGGCAGUUAUUAGCUAUUGUGGAAGAACAAAGAACAACGGCUUAUGAUUCUGAUAAUAAUGAUCAUGAAGAAAAAUUGUUUUUGUUAUGGGAGAAAUUGAUGCCGUAUGUAAAACUUGAUGGAAGAGUUACUAAACAAUGGCAAGAUAUUGGAUUUCAAGGGGAUGAUCCAAAGACGGAUUUUCGUGGGAUGGGAAUUUUAGGUUUAGAUAAUUUAUUGUUUUUUGCAACUGAAUAUAAUGGACCGGCAUUACAUGUUUUGUCUCAUGCAAAUCAUCCAAAACAUGGAUAUUGUUUUGCUAUUGUUGGUAUUAAUUUAACGUAUAUGGCAUGGAAAUUAUUAAAAAGUGGGGAUGCUAAAACUUACUUUUAUAAUGUUUCUAAAACGUUACCUACAAUUAGAUUAUUUCAUCAGUUUUAUAGUUAUUUAUUUUACGAGUUUGACCGUUAUUGGAUUGAAUGUAAACCGAAAAAUAUGAUGGAGUUUUCUAGUAUUAGUGAAAAAUUUGAGAAUAAUAUUAAAGAGAGCCUAUCUGAUAAUAGCUCUGUUUUUCGAAUAAAUAUAUCGGUCGAUACUGUGUGAUAUAUCAUCUUUUUUUCUUCAUUUUUUUUAAUAGCUUAAUUUUUAAUUCGAUUAGGUAGAACAUAUUUUUAUAUAAAUUAAUUUAUUAAUGUAGAUUUUUUUGUUUAUAGUGUAAUUUACAAUUAUGGUUUUAAAUUUCCGCUUUUUUAUGUCUUAUUCUUGCCAUACUUAGACAUUCAAGAUUGAUUAUUAUAUGAUAAUAAUUAUAUGAUUAUGUGACUAGUAAAUGUGACUAUAAUUACGAAUUUAAUUCAUUCCGUGAAAAUACAAGUGCACUUUGAUAGUGAUUGUAAAUUAAAUAAAGAAUUAAAGCACUUUUA